AUGGCGGCUUUCGAGGAGCCACUUUGGCCGCGGGGGGCGCCGCCGCCUGUGAACCGAGGUGCUGCAGGAGCAACCGGCGAGAAGCAGCCGCCCCCAGUAAAGCAGAAGCGCCGAAGCAACGCGUGGGCCAGGUGCUCGGACACUGGGGCCCCACACACUCAGCCCGGCCUGCACCUCGCUCCGCAGGCGGCAGCGGCCGACGAGGAGGGCGCUGACGAGGAGCUGCAGGCGGAGGCGGCGCCGCUCGACGGCCCCUUCUUUGCAGCUGGCGGCGGGGAUCUCCCUGCCAGCCCCGGCGCGGCGCCCGGCACCUCCGCGUUYGCGGCGCUGGCCGGCAGCGUGGGGGGUCUGCGACAGCGCGCGCAGCACCUCGUCGACAAGGUCAACGAGAGCCGCAAGGCUGACCACGCCGUCAUGAGCGGCUUCCGUGAGAGCCUCCUGCUCAAGGUGUCAGCGCUGGCAGAGCAGCUGGAGGAGCGGCUCUUCAGCCUCUACGACGCGCACAACGGGCUCAUCCAGGAGCGUCUGCGCGAGCUGGCCGCCGCCACCGAGCGAAUCGCGCAGCUGCAGAGCGAGCUGCGGCGCGCCUGCCGCGCGCUCGAGGCCGCCUACCGCGACCUCUGCCUGCAGCCCGAGCCCUGAGCGCUGCAAUAAAGGGUGAGCGGCCCCAGUGC